UAUCGCAUCGAUUAUACGUCUCCCAUUCAAGGGAAAAAUCAUUCCAUUCACCAGCAAUUGGAUGAGAGUCAUACUUGCCCUUGGCAACUAAAGAUGACGUUACUAUGGAAACCACUUGUGCUGCUAUCAAUCACUGGCUGCCUAGCAGUAUCAUCAGCUCGAACAGAAGACACAAAGUUUCUUGGUCCAAGUUGGACAACUGAACCUGAAGACCUGAUACUGCCCAUCCAUUCCACCGAACAAGAGGCUGUAUUAUCCUGUGAGGCAUCUGGGAUUCCUUCCCCUCAGUACAGAUGGUCUCUAAACGGAACGCUCAUUGAUCUUCGUGGUGACGAGAGGCGUCGCCUGUCUGGAGGUAACCUGAUCAUUACCGACCUGGAUCGGGACCAAGACAGUGGUGUCUACCAGUGUACAGCCUCCAACACCCGGGGAACCAUCCUCAGCCAAAGAGCCACGCUACAAUUUGCUUUUCUGGAAAACUUCAAAUUGCAGACAAGAAGUGCUGUCAAUGUGAGGGAAGGUCAAGGUGUAGUUUUGCUGUGUGGCACACCGUCUCACUCUGGCGAGCUUACCUUCACCUGGCUCUUCAAGGAGUACCCUCACUUCGUCCAGCAAGACAGUCGGCGCUUUGUAUCCCAGGAGACGGGAAAUCUCUAUAUAGCGAAAGUGGAACCGUCUGAUGUAGGGAAUUAUACCUGUGUAGUUAAUAACAGUAUUACCAAGGAAAGGGUCUUCAGUUCACCCACACCUUUAGUGCUGAGAAAUGAUGGGGUGAUGGGAGAGUACGAGCCCAAAAUAGAGCUUCAUUUCCCAGACACCAUCCCAGCUGCGAAAGGAUCCACGCUGAAGCUGGAAUGCUUCGCCUUGGGAAAUCCAGUUCCAAGGAUCAGCUGGAGAAGAACCAGUGACGUUCCUUUUCCGAGCAAGGUCAAACUAAAUAAUUCUAAUGCUAUUCUGGAGAUUCCAAGUUUCCAACAGGAGGACACAGGGACAUACGAGUGCAUAGCAGAAAACAGUCGGGGGAAGAAUGCUGCAAAGGGCCGUGUGUCUUUUCAUGCAACACCUCAAUGGCUGCAGACGAUUACGGAUACAGCCUUGUCCAUAGAGGAGAGUCUGUUUUGGGAGUGUAAAGCCAACGGCAAACCAAAGCCAUCCUACAGCUGGUUGAAGAAUGGAGAAACUCUAAUAUCUGAGGGCCGAGUGCAAAUAGAGAACGGUGCUCUCUCUAUAUCCUUGUUAAACAUUUCAGAUGGUGGGAUGUAUCAGUGUGUGGCGGAGAACAAGCACGGCAUCAUUUAUUCCAGUGCCGAAUUGAUGGUGCUCGCCUCUCCUCCCAGUUUCUCACAGAAUCCUUUGAGCCGGUUACUUAAGGCUCGCUCGGGCAGUGACGUUACCCUAGAUUGUAGGCCACGUGCCUCGCCCAGGGCCAUUAGCCUUUGGAAGAGGGGGAGUGAGAUAUUGCAGAGAAAUGAAAGGAUUUCUCUCUUACCCAAUGGGACUCUAAAGAUUGCCAACGUUACUAAGCGAGAUGGGGGUAGUUACACGUGCAUCGCUAAAAACCAGUUUGGGACUGCAAGCACGACAGGCAAACUGUUAAUUACCGAACCCACAAGGAUCAGCCAGGGCCCCAGCAGCACAGAGAUCACAGUCGGGGAGAGUGUUGUGCUGCCCUGCCAGGUGACUGCUGAUUCAGCCUUGGACGUGGCCUUCUCCUGGGCCUUCAACGGUCAGCCCAUUGAUUUCCAUCAAGAUGGGGACCACUUUGAGAGAGUGGGAGGGAGCUUUUCCGGUGACCUUAUGAUUAGAAACAUCCAACUAAAUCAUGGUGGGAAAUACGUUUGCCUCAUCGAUACAGAUGUCGAGAGCCUGUCGACUAAUGCAAUAUUGGUUGUUAAAGGUCCCCCCAGUCCUCCAGAUUUAGUGGUUGUGGAAGAGGUCACAGACAGCACGGCCCAGCUGUCAUGGAGCCCAGGCCAGGACAAUGGAAGCCCCAUCACUGGGUACGUCAUCCAGGGCCGGACUCCCUUUACCAUUGGCUGGCAAGCAGUCGACACAGUUCCUGAGGUGAUCAGUGGGAACACUCUGACUGCAACAGUAGUGGGUUUGAAUGCCUGGGUCGAAUAUGAGUUCAGAGUUCUGGCCAGUAACAGUGUCGGGAUGGGAGAGCCCAGUCCACCAUCCACCAAAAUCAGAACAGAGGAUGCUAUGCCUGACAUGGCUCCCACUGAUGUCGGAGGUGGAGGAGGAACCAAGUCGGAAUUAGUGAUAACGUGGGAGCCUGUUCCAGAGGAGUUGCAGAACGGGGAGGGCUUCGGUUACAUCAUCGCUUUCCGCCCUGUGGGCACAGUCACUUGGACCCGUGCAGUGAUCUCAGCACCCAGUGUCACCCGCUAUGUUUUCCGCAAUGACACCAUCCCGCCGUUCUCACCUUUCAAUGUCAAAGUGGGAGCGUUCAACAACCGUGGAGAAGGACCAUUCAGCUCUAUUGCAACCGUGUUUUCAGCAGAGGAAGUGCCUAGUGUAGGACCAGAGAAAUUGUCGGCAAGAAGUCUGUCCGCGGCCGACAUUGAAGUUACCUGGGAGUCGAUUCUGUCAACCCCUGAAAGAGUGCUCGGAUAUGAGGUGGUGUACUGGGAAGAUGACACCAAACCGGAUACAGUGGGUAAAGUGAGGAUCACUGGAAACUACACUGCAGUGAACGUUAGUGGCCUGCAGGGGAAUACACAAUAUUAUCUGGCAGUAUGUGCCUUUAAUACAGCAGGAACUGGCCCUCAGUCUGUACCUGUCAAAGUUACCACCAAAAAACCACCACCUGGACAGCCCCCUCAGAAUGUAGAGUGGAAUCUGAUUGGCUCACAGCUCAUUCUGCAGUGGGAUCCAGUCAUAGCCCUUGAAACGGAAUCUGAGGUCACUGGAUACAUAGUACUAUACCGAAAACACCGCAAUAAUGACAUGUACUCAGUCAUCACCAACAAAACCUCUGUGGAGUUGACCCUCAACCCGAAUGACAACUACGUCAUUCAGAUCAAAACCCUCAGUGAAGGGGGGCUGGGGGAAGGAAGCGAGCCCAUCCACAUCCACCACCUCAGCAUGGGUGCACGAGGAUCCAGAGCGGGAAGGCUUUGUGCACUCUCUAUUUCUCCUCUUCUCAUCUGCGCUCUAUUAAUGCUCAGUGCCUCCUGAUAUUUGACUCCCAUGAGCACCAGACCCAGCCACACUCACAAAAACAUGUACACACUUUCUACUCUUCACAUCUAAGGCUUCUGUUUCCCAUCACAGUCUGAUAUGAUGGGAUUCCCCAACUCCAGCAACAUGUAUGGUAGAGCCGGAUAUUGAAAUGUCACAUAGGAACAUGAGUGAAUGCCAUUAGUAAACAUGGCAGAGCCCUGCAAGAGUCACUGACAUGUUAAGGAUUGUCUAUGAAUUAGCACACAUGGUCUAUAGAAACAUAACAGUUUGUUUGACACUCUAAAACCAGAAGAAAAAAAAUGUCCUUGCAUAGAACAUUUCUUUAUGUAGUGUGCCAAUGUGUGCAUCAUCCAUCUUUUCCUCUGAUCUUUGAGAACAAUCAAUGCCUUAAAUUCAUGUAUGCACCAAAGUAGAUGAUAAAAGUUGUGCAGUUGAGUUGUACUCAAAAAGGAAAAGGGCUAAGAAACCAGUGUUGGUUAUAUACUGAUUUUGGAUCAAUUUGUGGCUUCUAUUGUCAUAAGUUCUAACUAAGUAGGGUUUGGGUUAACAAAGCUGAGAAUAGAUUUGUUCUAAUAGGAAUACUCUGCCAUUAGUUUGGAAAUAUGUGUCGCUUUUCCGCCUCAAUUACAGAGCCGUCAGCUCCAAAGGCUUCUUAUCAGUCUCUCUGAUGGGUAUUAACAUUUUGUUGGACGCUUUAUGCUGUUUAAAUUAUUGAUGUUAAGCAUAAAACUGCACAAUUAAGGCUUACUUUUCCUUGGAGCAUUUUCUCUAUAUGUCAACUGGCUGAACCAGUUUCACACAUCAGUUUCCUUUGCUGUUGCCAUUGUGCUGUACCAUGGUGAUCACAACCCAAUUAUGCCUUUCACCAUUUAACAAAUUGUCAAAAAGCCUAAAUACCUGCUUUAAAAGCUUUGAAGCUUUCUGGCACCUAGAAAAGCAAGUGAUAGAAUGGCACUCCAUUGGAAGUACAAACUCCUAUUCCCACACACUUCUAUUUGUAUGUGUCUAUGUUACAACCCUGACAAAUGAACUUGCAAAAAAGUUUGACAGAACUAAGUGGCAAGUUAUGGAACACUGGAAAUAGGACAUAUAUGAAAGUUGUAUAGCUCUAAUGGCCUUGUAAAGGUUAAACACGUGGCAAACAAGUCAAUAGAUUGAAGCAUGAUAGACAUGUAAAGUCCCCAGAGGUCCCUAACCAGUCAUUAUUCAGUUAUAUAAAGUGUUUGCAUAGUGGUUAAAGCUCAUGGCUUGUCACCUGAAAGGCUGCUAGCUUUAUCUCCAUAAAGACCAAGCCAUGACCAAUCACCAUUGUGCACCUGAGCAAGACACUUAACCCCAAGUUGCUCCAGGGUUAUUGUUCCUAUUUUAAGUUCAUGGCAUUGGUCUAUGGUGAAAUUGCAUAAAAGUUGCAGGAACAAAUUCCAUUGCUCCUGUUUGUGUAAUGCUAAAAAAAAAUAUUAAAUAUGUUAAUAUAAUUAUGGUGCUUGUGCAGUAGAGAUAUUUUUGCCCACUCAUUAAAUGUAUAGGAAUGCUUAAGAUGUAUUUGAGGGUGCUGAAUAAUAAUGGUCAUCCAUUAUGUGUUUUAAAAUGACUGAUGUAAAAAUAUUUUACAGUAUCUUUACUCUAUGUCCACUAAAUAAUUUGAAAACAGAAAAAGUUUAUCAUCUAUUGACAAGGUUGGUCUAUUUGGAACUACUUUAUGUGUUGAUCAGCCAAGUUUACAUCAUCAUUCCCCAAUACCUAUAAUCUCUAAAUAUUGGUCGAUUGAUUGGCCUGGCAGGUAUAUCUGUCUGUCACCAGUGGAAAGAUCCAGUUUGGCUUUGUCAUCUAUUGACAAGGUCAGUAAAUUUGGAACUACCAAAUCUGUUAAUCAGCCAGUUGUACUGCAUUAUUGGCCAAUGUUGAUCAUCUCAAAUAUCAGAUGAUUAUUUGGCUUGACCGAUAUAUUGGUUUGUCACGAGUGGACGAGUGGAGUUUGAAAUCAAGGGAAUACAGUGAAUUGGAUGUUCCCAAAGCAUAGCAUGCAUCUGUGAAAUUCUCAUUGGUCAACAGAUGUCUACGUCAGAAUGUAUUACAGCAAAAGGUGCCAUUUUCGUAACAUUUUGGUUGCAUGAUAAAGCAUUACUUACGCAAAACUUGGAUCUAUAUUGAAACAAACCGAUUCGCUAAUGCAGUAUAAAUUAAGUGUGCUGAUGCCUAUAAUUCACAUUGCCAUGAUGCUCCAAACUUAAUUCUGCAGUACAAACAAUAUUUAAUUUACCAAUAUAGAGACAGGUUGAAUAUAUCUUACAUUUUCUAUGUUAAUGCCCAUCUAAUGCAACUUGAUUUCUGAAUCUCUUAUUUGCACCCUCAAUGAGACUAAAGGCUGAGGCACUUCGUUGUGACCUUUCUUGCAGAGUUCACUACCAAGGACUAGUGCCUUCUCUGGACAUAUUUCUGGCUCUGUCUUGGCAGUAUCAGGCUGUUAAGUCCAACAUUUGCACUUGUUCUUCUCAAAGUCAGAAGACAGCACAAGGUAGUGAACCAAGGUGACACAACCUUCCUUCUAACUCUCCAGAACAGGUGCAGUGCAGCCCAUAAAGGCAUGUUAAAAAAAAAAAAGUUGGCAAGAGAGAUUAAAAAAAGAGGCUGCACAGCCACAAUCAGGAGAGCCUAUCUGUUCUCCUUCAAGCUUUCAUAAAGGUCUGGGCACCUUGAUUAGGCUGCAGUGGCCCAGUCAAUGGGAUAUUGAUUUUUUGGCUCUAUAUUGCUGCUGUCACAAUGCAGACUCUUGAUUGACUGAUGCCAGUGUUCCUGCCAGCCAUCUUGCGUAGAGUUUGCGCUUUGAGUGUCUGAAAUGUCCUUGGCCUCAUCCUCCUCCUCGCCUUCAGUUCUUGGAUGGACUUUAAUGAAUUUUGGCAAACAAGGUUCAGAGAUGAAAGGGAAGUUUAUUGGAAAAUAAUUUUUUUUUGUUGUUCAUCCAACAUCUAUAUUGUCAAUGCAAGGAAAAAAGAACUACAUUUCAGGAUAUGCAGAUGUGAGUUUGAGCAUCAUUGAAGUCAACAUGAAAUCAAAAUUGACCCUGUUUACUUUAAUACACAAUCCUGGUAAAUUGUUAAUGAUUUAUUAUGCACAUUAUUCCUAUUUUUUUAAAAAAACCUUGUCUUCGUAACCUUUCAUCCAAAUACUACAACUUACUCCACCUCUAAAAUGACUUUCCUUUUCGGCUGAUGUCACAAAUUCUCUUAUAUUUCAACCACCUUUCACGAUCCAAUCAAUUCCAGAUGGAGAAAAUCAAGAUCAACCCAACAUUUUUUUGUUUCUCAUUGAACAUCCUGUUUCACUCAAAAGUAUGUGAUAUUGCAAAUCCCAUUUCAUGUUGACUUUAAAGGUAGCUACAUGCAAUUGUACAUGUAUUUUAUGGUCAAUUGUUUUUAUAAUUCCGUAGUUACAUUUUCUCUCUUUACAAUUAUGAAUUAUUAGUAGUCCAUUGCAUUUUUUUUCCAACCUAGGGAACAAAAAUAGACAAUCAACAUUUGUUAUGUACUAGAACUAUUCCAGAUUACAGAGUUUUACAUUAUUACAGAAUUAGAACUGCUUAUUAAUCACACCCAUUAUCACUUAUAAUAUGUUUUCCUGAAUGUUAAUUUUUCCAUUUCCUGUUUAUACUUCCUACUCUCGGUUUGUUCUAAUGUGUCCCAUCAACCCUCAGUUACAGUAUUUUAGUAAUGAUGCAUAUCACACUGAACAAAUAAUUGUUGUUUAAUAGCAAUGAUUUCUUUAGUACUUAAAAUUGUGCAGUCUAAUUUCCCUAAUUUUGUGUAAACAGUAUAAUCAGUGAAUUUAGUUUCUCCACAUUAUGGUUUCCCUUUAGGGAAAAUGUUAUGAUAAUCUGUUUAAAAUCUGAACUGUUAAUGUUAAUGGCUGAUGUUAUUGCUAAAAUCCAAUUAUGUUUCUAAGUGAUCUGAAAUGAAAAAUACCUUCGCUAGAUGUAUAUAGUGACUAUAUAUUUUUAGAGUCGGCCAACAUUGGUAACCUGAUAUUUUAUACACCUCAUGGCCCUGGGAAUUUAAUACUGAUGUAUUAAUGAAUAAUCUCUGUGAGAUAAUUUGCACAGAACAUGACAUUUUCAUAUUGAAAAGUAACCGUUUUGUCUUGUAUACUAAAACUGUGCAUGUGGAAAAAAAUGCAUGUAGAAAAAAUGUUUGGUGCAUAUGUGUUCAAUUUUAUAGUUCUGUUAAAAACGUAAUAAAAAUUUAAAAA